AGGGAGAUCAUGACUUCGGUGGAGUUAGUGUUUCUGGGCGAGGAGCGGGCGCACCCCGGACAUUGGAAGGAACUGGGCUGGGGUCUCCAUGGCCCGGUCUCCAGUUCAGCACCAGGGACAGCGCCGUUCCAGAGUGCGGGCUGUAAAGCGGCGGCGCGCCCGGACUCCAAGGUGUGCUGUGACCAGCAGCUGGAGACUUCCUUCUCCUACAUUGACGAAAAUGUCAACCUCCAACGUGCUUGCUCCCCGCUAUCGGACGGAAGCUGCAGCCCUCCGUGUUACCAGGGCGCCUGCGGCGACGGCAGACCGGCUCCCGAGGAGCUGCGGGAACUCUCCGCGCUCUCCGAGGACAGCUCGCCCGAGCUCUCCGACUCCCCGGUGGACUAUGGCUUCAUCAGCGCCCUGCUCUUUCUCUGCAGUGGCAUCACCCUGGUCAUCAUAUCCUACGUGAUCCCCCGGGAUGUGAGCGUGGAUCCGGACAGUGUUUCAGCCCGGGAGAUGGAGCGACUGCAGCGGCAGAGCGCCCGCGUGGGAGCUCACUUGGACAGGUGCGUGAUCGCUGGCCUUGGACUCCUGACCCUCGGCGGGAUGCUCCUGUCCACCUUACUGAUGAUAUCCAUUUGCAAAGGCGAGUUGUACCGGCGCCAGACGUUCUCAUUGGCUGGGAGGUCGGGGAAGAUCUAUGGGUCCUUCAACUUCCGCCUGGGUUCCCCCAACCAGCGAUUCUCACUGGGCGCAGAAGAGAUGAUCACUAUCGACUAAUGGUAUGGUGUGUCCUAAACUUCGUUCUUUACACAUGGUACAAUUUUAAAACUGGCCAGUCUGAUAAAAGCCAAACAAGCCCAGCCCAGUUCCCCCUCUUCUGCGAAGGACAUUGGGGAGAGGACAUGAAAUGCCCAAGCGUCCACCACUCUGUCCUGAUGCCUGACCACUCGCCUGUCCUGUUGCUUCUCGGCUACUUCAACGCUGCCUGGGAUCGGCGUGUCAGCACUUGUGAAUUUGGAAACCAAUCACAAGUCCAGUAACCUGUUCCUCCACCCACAUGAGAUGUUCUUGUUGGCUCAAGCACUCUGAUCUAUUCAUUGGAACACAGGAAGAGGAGGAAUCCAUUCAGCCCCUCAAGUUUGUUCGAUCAUCAGUGAUCUGCACCAGAUCUCCACUUACUGCCUUUCACCUGUUUCACAAACAUGACACCUCCAUUAUCUCCGACCUAAUAGUGGAGUCUUUUCCAGGAAAAUAUGCUCCCUGCAUCCUGUCACUACCCUAGAAUGGCCUGGCUCUAGUUUUAUAUUCCCUUGUUCAUGAACUUCCCCAUCAGAGGAAUUUUUUUUCUGUACUUACAACAACAUGAGUUAGGAUUUUAAGCAGCUUGGUAAACUCACAAUCAGCCUUUCAAACUCACGCAUGGCUAAUUCCAAAUUAAACUCUCCCACUGUUUGGUUGAAAAGCUUUUUUUUCUUCUUGUUCUUAGGGUCAAUUGAUUUAUUCCUGUUUUCUAGAAAAUCAGAAGUGAAAACAGUUGGCAGGUCAGUAAGCACCUUGGGCAGAAUAGAUGAGUUAAGGAUUCAGCAUGAGUCCUGGUGAUCCAUUUCCUCCCAGCUCCUCACCGACAGUCAUUUCACUUUGGUGCCUUGUUCUAAUUUAACUGAAAAUCAAUAGCUUUCCAACACUUGACUUACAGAAGAAAAGAUGGUUUAAGGCCAUAUGAUUACCUAGUGAUAAAAAGCCUUGGAUAGACCAUGCACAGAGCCAGCACGAGUCUGCUAGACCAAAUGGCUUCAUUUGUGCUACAAUGUCCUACUAUUGCUUUUCCAGACUGCAUUCCUCUUUCUCUGUGUGUGACUUGUGCAACAAUAAUUUGAGCUAUUUACAACCACAUAUGUCUGUAGACCCUCCAUCGUAUUAACUGCAGGUUAAUUUAUUCCAAUCUACCAGAGUUGCAACUAAUAUUCAAAAGGAUCUCAAUUUCAUUUGAUUUUGUUUUAUAGAGAUAUGCUACAGCACUUUACCCAUGAAAAAUAUUGCCAGCUGGACAAGAUUGUACAACUCUUGUGCUAUUUCAUUCUUAAAUUAUACUUCUACUUCACAGCUCUUUGUUUAAACAGUACGUUCCUUUAAUUACAUUUGUUUGUAAAGAUAAAAUGCAACUGUUUCCAAAAUGCAAACUAAUGGCCAGAGCUAUACAUUCUCCAUAGUCUAUACUUUAUCAAAUGAGACAACUUCUAUCAUGAAACAUGGCAUUCAUUAAGUGAAUGUAAAGAUGGAAGGAGGAUCAACAUUCAAAAGGGGAAAUAGUUGUUGGCAAGCGUUCAUUGUCUCAUUCCAUUUUAGUCUGAUCCCUUCCAAAGAAUGUUCAUGUCUCUUAUGUACACCAGCCAUUGAUACGGGCUCUAGAGAGGCCACCGGGAUAAUCUUGCUUUGUUCCUUUAAUGGAGGAAUCCGUGUAGCAUGUUUUGGGCUCCUAAAAGGAGAAUAACAAUGAGAAGCAAGAACAAUAUUAUAUAAAAUCCUCAAGACACAAAUCACUACGCCUCCCUUCCACUGAUAAGAUGCUUCUUGAAGCUGGUCCAAUUCCUUUUUAAUCAUCUUAUGUUCAUUCCCGGACUCCUUGCAGUGCUGCUUCCGGGCCACAAUAGGCAGGGUGGAUCAACAGCCUAGCGUCUCACUCCCUCAAUGCCUGAGCAAAGGAUUUCCUCCUCCUCCAUUGCCCUGACCCUGUGCUUCCUCCACCAAGGACAGUUGAGCCAAUACUCCUGAGUGAAACAUUUCCUUUCAUAAUGACAUGAUUUGAGGAGUGAAUCAGAUUUAAAUUGUAUGUGACUUCUAGACUAUGAAGGUCAUAGUCAGCGUCUGUCUCUGUACCACAGGUUGUGUGUUGACAAAUGAAUUAUACAAGCCCUUCAUAAUUACAAGGAACCCAUGAAAUCUUUGCAGGUUUGAAGAAUGAUGACCACUCCCAUUACAUUAUGUAUAAGUAUGAAUUGUAUAUAAACAUAUUUAAUGCAAGUAUUUAAUGCCUUACUAAACUAUCCUGUUUAUUCUACUGCUAGGUUCAA